UUAAUUUUUAAAAUAAAAAUAUUAUUUAAUUGAAUUUUUGUGACAAAUUUAUUGGAAGAUCACAUCUUCAUCUUCUCCAUUGAAGCAAUGAAUCGAUGCUUCGGACUCGGUGACGAUUUGAUAAAUUCGAUAAAUAAAAGCAUUGUGAGUAAUUCAUUUUGAGAGAGAGGAAAAGAAGAAACCCCAAUUUUGGCGAGAGAAUGUCAACAACAGAAGCUCCUCCUUUCCAAGAAGCAGCGCGUUGUGUUGUCUGCAGUUGCAGUUUCAACACCUUCAGGAGACGGCAUCACUGCCGAUCCUGUGGGAGAACAUUGUGCAAUGAACAUUCAUCAGAUCAAAUGGCUUUACCACAAUUUGGCAUUUACUCGAAUGUCCGCGUAUGUGCUGAUUGUUUCAACAACUCACGAUCUGGGAAGGGUGUACCACAGGCUUCUUCAGAUGGAGUAAACAGCAUAACAGAUGCAGUUUCUGAAUUAGAUCUUGAUGCAGAUGUUGAUUCAAAAAGAAUACCGACUGCAGAUAUUAAGCUUGCGUCGGGCGUUAAAGAGUGUAAGUGUGGAAUGCCUCUUUGCAUUUGUGAAGCUCCUGCCCCUUCCUCUGAUGCACUCCCCCAGGCGAAGAAAUCUACCCCAGUUGUUACAGCUCGAUCAAAUCCUAAACCUAAGAAGAUAGAUAAUGUUUCAAAAAAUAGAAGCUCCAGUUCCACGAGCAAGUUUAGUUCUACGUUUUACCCUGGUCAUGUAUCUACUACUGCUACCUCAAAUAAACCCCAGAUUGAUUAUGAAGUUAAUGGAGAGGGUUUACGAGAAGCAAUAAAGAAUGGUGACGUUGCUGCUGUCAAAAAACUUCUUAAUGAGGGUGUGGAUGCAAAUUACAGAGACAAGCAAGGACUGUCUUUACUGCAUUUGGCUGCAGUUUUCAAUCAAACUGAUAUAGUUUUCAUUCUCAUGGAUUCGGGGGCAAGCCUGGAGUAUAAAAAUGCACAAGGAGAAACACCUUUAGAUUGUGCUCCAGCUACACUGCAAUACAAAAUGCGAAAGAAGAUGGAAGAAAGUAGAACAAUGGGCUAAAGGAUUUGAAUAUUCUACUAUUUUUAUUUGUAGUCUUCUUAUGCUGAUAGGGCUUUGAGACUGAAAGCAGAAUGAAACUCUCUGCUUGCUACACUAUAUAAUGUGACAUGACAAAACUGGAGUUUAUUUCAUCUGUUUCUGACUCCGAGUAUGCCGACCUAUGUAAGACACAUCUUUCAGCUACACGACUUAGGCAUUAUCCUGAUUAAAUUUGUUUGGGUGUGGAGUGCAAACUGUGUUGUUAACCGGUACUAUCUUUCUUUGUACCAUUAUGGACAAGGGUAAUCUUAUCUUGGAUCUGAAUUGAGCUAGAUGCAUCCAUUUAAAGAGACAGUUUCUAGAAUUCUUUUUUUUGUUCUGUUCACAAGACGCGAACGCUCCAGAUCUCAUGUAAGGAGAAAUAAUAUAUGUCGAUGGUAAAAAGUGUUUUUUGAAUCC